GCCGCCGCUGGAGUGGGGGGAGAAAGCGAAAGCCCUAACUUCCCUCUCUACACCCUCGUUCUUCCCACCGCUCCCGUCCUUCUCCCCAGCCGAGAACCGGUUGGAAGGCUCCCACGGAAAGCGAGGCGAGAGCGCGGCGCAGAGGAGGGAGAGCCGGGAGCCGCAGGCGCGCAGGGGCGGGGGCAGCAUGUGCCCCGGCGCCGGGUGCUCGCCCGAGAAGUAGCGCGCGCUGGGCAAGCAAGACGCUUUCCAAGUUGGGCGAGUCCCAGAGCUCACAGCCCGGAGUCCAGAGUGAGGCGGGGCUGAUGGGGGUCGCGGAAGCUGCCGUCGCUUGUGGCCAGAACCCGUCUUAAAAAAACCCGGGCCAGCAUCCCCAGUCGCACGCCCUCGGCCCGCGUGCGCUCUCCGAUGCCUGCUCUGGCUGUGGCCCGGGUGGCCCGCCCGCGGGGGGUGCCGGAGGGGGCGGGGGAGGAGGAGGAGGCGGUGUGAUGGCCCUGGACGGCGAGCUGGGGGAGCAAGAGGAGGAGAAGAAAAAGAAGAAGAAAAAGAAGAGGAAGAAGAAGAAGGAGAAAGAGGAGGAGGAGGAGGAGGAGGGGGCCGAGAAGAGCAGCUCACCCUUCGCAGCCGCGAUGGGGGAAGACGACGCCGCGCUUCGGGCUGGCGGCAGGGGGCUCUCCGACCCGUGGGCAGACUCAGUGGGAGUGCGACCCCGCACCACGGAGCGCCACAUCGCGGUACACAAGCGGCUUGUGCUGGCCUUCGCCGUGUCCCUCGUGGCAUUGCUCGCGGUCACAAUGCUCGCCGUGCUGCUCAGCCUGCGCUUCGACGAGUGCGGGGCGAGUGCCACGCCAGGCGCCGACGGUGGCCCCUCAGGCUUUCCGGAGCGCAGCGGCAACGGGAGCCUCCCUGGAUCGGCCCGGCGCAACCACCACGCAGGCGGGGACUCCUGGCAGCCCGAGGCGGGUGGCGUGGCCAGUCCGGGGACCCCGUCGGCCCAGCCGCCGUCGGAGGAGGAGCGGGAGCCGUGGGAGCCGUGGACGCAGCUGCGCCUGUCGGGCCACCUGAAGCCGCUGCACUACAAUCUGAUGCUCACCGCCUUCAUGGAGAACUUCACCUUCUCCGGGGAGGUCAACGUGGAGAUCGCGUGCCGGAACGCCACCCGCUACGUAGUGCUGCACGCUUCCCGAGUGGCGGUGGAGAAAGUGCAGCUGGCCGAGGACCGGGCGUUCGGGGCUGUCCCUGUGGCCGGUUUUUUCCUCUACCCGCAAACCCAGGUCUUAGUGGUGGUGCUGAAUAGGACACUGGACGCGCAGAGGAAUUACAAUCUGAAGAUUAUCUACAACGCGCUCAUCGAGAAUGAGCUCCUGGGCUUCUUCCGCAGCUCCUAUGUGCUCCACGGGGAGAGAAGAUUCCUUGGUGUUACUCAGUUUUCGCCUACACAUGCCAGAAAGGCAUUUCCUUGUUUUGAUGAGCCAAUCUACAAGGCUACUUUCAAAAUCAGCAUCAAGCAUCAAGCAACCUAUUUAUCUUUAUCUAAUAUGCCAGUGGAAACUUCUGUGUUUGAGGAAGAUGGAUGGGUUACGGAUCACUUUUCACAGACCCCUCUCAUGUCCACAUAUUAUUUAGCCUGGGCAAUUUGCAACUUCACAUACAGAGAAACUACCACCAAGAGUGGGGUUGUAGUACGAUUAUAUGCAAGACCUGAUGCUAUCAGAAGAGGAUCCGGGGACUAUGCUCUCCAUAUAACAAAGAGAUUAAUAGAAUUUUAUGAAGACUACUUUAAAGUGCCCUAUUCCUUGCCAAAACUAGAUCUUUUAGCUGUGCCUAAGCAUCCGUAUGCUGCUAUGGAGAACUGGGGACUAAGUAUUUUUGUGGAACAAAGAAUACUGCUGGAUCCCAGUGUUUCAUCUAUUUCUUAUUUGCUGGAUGUCACCAUGGUCAUUGUUCAUGAGAUAUGUCACCAGUGGUUUGGUGACCUUGUGACGCCUGUGUGGUGGGAAGACGUGUGGCUGAAGGAAGGGUUUGCUCACUACUUUGAAUUUGUUGGUACAGACUACCUCUAUCCUGGCUGGAACAUGGAAAAGCAGAGGUUUCUGACCGAUGUUCUGCAUGAAGUGAUGCUGCUGGACGGUUUGGCCAGUUCCCAUCCAGUAUCACAGGAAGUGCUGCAGGCAACAGAUAUUGACAGGGUGUUUGACUGGAUCGCAUAUAAAAAGGGUGCUGCUUUAAUAAGAAUGCUGGCUAAUUUUAUGGGCCAUUCAGUUUUCCAGAGGGGUUUGCAAGAUUAUUUAACCAUUCAUAAGUAUGGCAAUGCAGCCAGAAAUGAUCUCUGGAAUACAUUAUCGGAGGCUUUAAAAAGAAAUGGGAAAUAUGUAAAUAUACAAGAAGUAAUGGAUCAGUGGACACUCCAGAUGGGUUAUCCUGUUAUCACCAUCUUGGGAAACACAACAGCAGAAAAUAGAAUAAUAAUUACCCAACAACAUUUUAUCUAUGAUAUCAGUGCUAAAACUAAAGCACUUAAACUUCAAAAUAACAGUUACCUGUGGCAGAUUCCAUUAACUAUUGUGGUAGGAAAUAGAAGCCAUGUGUCUUCAGAAGCAAUUAUUUGGGUGUCUAACAAAUCAGAGCACCACAGAAUAACUUAUUUGGACAAAGGAAGCUGGCUGCUGGGGAACAUCAAUCAAACUGGCUAUUUUAGAGUCAACUAUGACCUAAGGAACUGGAGAUUAUUAAUUGACCAAUUAAUCCGGAAUCAUGAGGUUCUUUCUGUCAGUAACCGAGCGGGCUUGAUCGAUGAUGCCUUCAGCCUAGCCAGGGCUGGCUAUUUGCCUCAGAAUAUUCCUCUGGAGAUUAUCAGAUACCUGUCUGAGGAGAAGGAUUUUCUUCCUUGGCAUGCUGCCAGCCGAGCUCUUUAUCCUCUAGAUAAAUUACUGGACCGCAUGGAAAACUACAACAUUUUCAAUGAAUAUAUUUUAAAGCAAGUUGCAACAACGUAUAUCAAGCUUGGGUGGCCGAAAAAUAAUUUUAAUGGAUCUCUUGUUCAAGCAUCCUACCAACAUGAAGAACUACGUAGAGAAGUUAUAAUGCUGGCCUGCAGUUUUGGCAACAAGCACUGUCACCAACAGGCAUCAACACUUAUUUCAGAUUGGAUUUCCAGCAACAGGAACAGAAUACCACUAAAUGUUAGAGACAUCGUAUACUGUACAGGAGUGUCACUACUGGAUGAGGAUGUCUGGGAAUUCAUAUGGAUGAAAUUCCAUUCCACCACAGCAGUUUCUGAGAAGAAAAUAUUAUUGGAAGCCUUAACUUGCAGUGAUGACAGGAAUUUAUUAAACAGGCUUCUAAAUCUGUCACUGAAUUCUGAGGUGGUGCUGGAUCAAGAUGCAAUUGAUGUCAUAAUCCAUGUAGCUCGAAAUCCACAUGGUCGAGACCUUGCCUGGAAGUUUUUCAGGGAUAAAUGGAAGAUAUUAAAUACCAGGUAUGGAGAAGCAUUGUUUAUGAAUUCCAAACUCAUCAGUGGUGUCACAGAAUUUCUUAAUACUGAAGGUGAACUCAAAGAGCUCAAGAACUUCAUGAAAAACUAUGAUGGGGUAGCUGCUGCUUCUUUCUCACGAGCUGUGGAAACUGUUGAAGCCAAUGUGCGCUGGAAAAUGCUUUACCAAGAUGAGCUUUUCCAAUGGUUAGGAAAAGCUCUAAGACACUAAUAUAUGUAUCUUAUAAACAAACAGUUCAACUCAGAAGUUUAUGAGAAGACACGCUUUUUGUGGAAUGAGGAAAAUGUACUACAUAGAAAAUGGCCAGAUUUUCAGUGUUAACGUGUGGGAGGAAUUUUUUUUUAGUUUUUAUUUUUUGGUUUUGGGGGAUAUUUUUUAUUUGUUUCAUUCAUUCUGUUCUGUUUCUCUACUGGGUGUUCCUCUCUAAAGAAACUCUUGCAAAUGAAACUAGCCAUGAUUGCUUCAGCUGUACAUUCCUUGCUGUACAGGACCAAAUAUGAUAGUGAUGCAUGUCGAUGUUAGUCAAUUUGGAAAAACAUAUUCAGAAUAUCUGUGCAUGGAUAUAUGGUCCUGCCUGUGUUCCAGCAUGCUUAUUUCAAACGUCCAGUGUUGUGUGUGAAUAUGUGUUACACCUAGGAUGGGCAUUAUGCAAAAGCACAAAGAUUAUAUAUGACAAUCAGUGUUGCAAUGAAAGAAACACUAAAAACAGAAACGAUAUUCUCAAUUUUGGGCAAUGUGAGAGGUAAAAUAGCCCUUGACAUGAUGAACAUCACUUAUUUCAGCACUUGGAUUGUCUGGCAAUGAUUACUGUGUUGCUAACUCAUUUUCUUUGAGUUAAAGCUGUGUAUACAUUUUAAAAGGCAUAUAGAUAGUGUAUGCAUAUGUAUAUGUACAUAGGGAAGCCCCAUAUGUAUAUAGUAUGUUGUACACUGCACAUGUACAAAGAAUGUCUUCAGAUAAAAGAAAAUUUAUCUCUUUUUAUAAACUUAAGGACAGUUGCAAAAGGCUUCAAGGAAUUUAUCUCAACAUUAUUCUUUCUAUGUCCUAACUAAAUUUCUCAACUGUUAUGAAUUUUUCAUCUACUUCUUGAACAGUGGUCUAUUCUGCUACAUGAAGAUGAAUACAAACAAAAUUUUUGUAUAAACUACUAUUCCAGUUCUCCUGUGUCAGUCUUGCCUAUAGAUUUUGCCAUCGUUUUCUGUCAAAGUUCCUUUUGCAUGAAACAAUUAUGCAAACUUAUAAUUCUUAGUGCUGAAAAAGAGUUUAUUUUCCAUCUUGUUUGUUUUCCUACCUUAUGCUGAGUAGUCCAGAGAGUUAAAAAAAUUCUCUGCAUGUUGGUCUUUUAAGUCUGUUUUGCUCUAAUCCUCCAUUAAGCGAGCAUACCUCAAGUGGGUCUAUUAGCAUUUAAUGACCUUUUAUGCCAGUUGUGCCAUCCCUUAAGAUGAAAAGUUCCUUUUCUUGUGUUAAUGUACAAAGCUUUUCUUUUGGCACUGACAACUGUGUUCUACCUGGGAAUUUUGAAUAGCCAUUUUCAUGGCUGUGUGUUGUGUAACACAAAUGUUUUUAAAUGGUAUUCUCACCCAGUAGGCCAGCUCUCCAAACGUUGCUUAGAUGCUUCAAAAUUAGCAUAUUUUAAGUUUACCAGUAUAAAAUACCAAUGCAACUACUCUACAUAGCCAAAUGUUUGUAAAUCACGUCUUAUUUUCCUGAGGUUUUUCACUCCACCAGAUCUUACAAAUCAUUGAAAGAAAUAUAUUCUAACAGUAUGCACUGAAUAGUGAAAAUAAAUAAUUAGACAUUUUAGGAACCAGAGCCAUAGAAUUAUUUUAAAUUAGUAGAAAAGAGGAGCUAUUUCCGAAUCUAUAGAAUAAAGUACCACCUAAAACUGAAUUUUAUCAUAUAAGCAAGUAAUACCUAUUAGUCAUACCUAAAUUUUUCAGCACUUCAUUCAAUUAAAAUACAUGAAUUUUAAAUAUUUUACAUGAUGUGAAUAGGCAUGAUAAUACUUUUAGUAUAAAAUCUAAACUUUUUCCAUUUAUCAGAAAUGAUAAAAUCCAGUUACUACAUAUCACGUUUAUAAAAUCCUUAAUUAAAUGAGUAACUUCUAAAAUAUAACAAUAAUAAACAUCACACUGCGAUAGAGGUCCCAAAUAUGUGCUCUAUCACCACUGAAUUCAUGUAAUAGAUAAGAAAAAAAUUAGAGGUGUCUUGUUUUGUGUCAGGAAUUACUAAAAUCUCUUAGUAGUUGUGGUAUAUUUUUGAGUAAAAUUACCAUUUCCAGAUUUGAGUUUGAAGGGCUUUUAUAGUUGUAUUUUCCUCCUCACUGUUAAUAAUCAUAAUCCUUUUUCAGUAUUUUAGUGGCCUUGAACAACUGGUUUAUCUACAAUCUCAAAUCCUAAGUGUAUAAUUAUGUGCAAUGUUCAAUACCUCAUAUAAUACUUGCUCAACAGUAUAGUGGUACCAAUGGCAUUAAGAUGGUGUUUUUGUUCUACAUAUCUUUCAAUAAUUUAUUCUUUCUAAUGUUGAAAUUAUAUCAGGCUUUACCGGUUUUUUUAGUUGUUUAAAUAAGUAAUAUUUUCAAAAGAAUAAAAUAACCAAUGAUAUCUCUUGGAAUAAUCUGUAAAACGUAGUUAUAAAAUUCUAUUUUCUACUUAGAGUUUUUAUCUUUUCUUUUUUGUCGGCUUUACAAAUUAUAUGUAUGCAUGAAAUAACUAACUGUUGAAAGUGUCCGACCUCCAGCCAUAGCAAUUUGCUGUGCCAAUAUGUGUACAAAAAAGUAGUUUCAAUUAGAAAGGACAACAUUAUUUAUCACAUUGAGUAUUAAACAUUUCCAGGUAACUUGUAAAUAAAAAGAUUUCCCCAUUUUUACACAUUUUUUCUUAAAAUUUUUCUAUAAUCUUUGAAGUUUCUAAAAUACACAAUCUCAACCUCUGAGACUAACAUCUACAAUACUAGGUCUAUUCUUGAGUUUCAAUAACGUGUAUUUUAGUUGGGUCAUAAACUUGCAUUAUUUUAUAUUAUCUCCAGGACAAUUAUGUCAUAGGACUAAGAUUUUUGUGAUAGUAUUAUUUACAAAUAUUAUAAGUAUAAUAUCUUGUGAGGCUAUUAUUAAGGUCAUGCCAUGUAUUGAUAAAAUGCAUUGCUUUCUCAAAGAACUGUUACACAUUUUGUUUUAUUUGACUCAUCACAAAAACAUAAUAAAUGUUGUGAGCCCUAAUAUUCUGAUGAGAAAACUGGGGCUCAGGUAGCAACAUGAGCUAUUUAAAACUACAAAAUAGGGCUGGGCACAGUGGCUCAUGCCUGUAAUCCCAGCACUCUGGGAGGUUGAGGGUGGGAGGAUCACUUGAGCCCAGGGGUUUGAGACCAGUCUGGGAAACAUAUUGAGGCCCCAUUUCUAUAAAAAUAAAAAUGAAAACUUUUAGCCAGGCAUGGUGGUGUGCACCUGUUGUCCCAGCUACUGGGGAGGCUGAGGUGGGAGAAUUAUUUAAGUCCAAAAGUUCAGUGCUCUAGUGAGCUAUGAUCACUGUACUCCAGCCUGGGUGACAGAGUGAGAUCCUGUCUCUAAAAAAAUAAAAUAAAAUCACAAUGUUGUUAUUUUGGGAACCAAUAUAAUAACCUAAGUCUAUCACAACAUCAUUCCCCAACUAAAAUAUAAAUAUAUGUUGAAAAUAUCUCUAUCGAUUGCAUUAAUUGGAGAUUUUCCAAAUACUAGACCAGCAUCAAAAUACACAGUUAAAUAUAUUUGCAGUAAUUCCAUUGUUUGUUAACUUUUGCAUUUCUAAUUUGCAGGAUGUUAAACAACUGGAUGAAAUGUUAUGAUUUAAUUUGGUCAGUAUAAAUAAUCAAAUAUUGGGACAAAGAAUUUAAUUCAUUUAGUUUAUUAAUUAUAUUUCCUGUCUGUAUCUUUUAUUGAACAUUGUUUAAACAUAACCUUAAAGUACUGAUAAUUUGCUUAAUUUUCAACACAAAUUUAUCUGACAAAUUCUGUCUAUAGUAACAGAUGGUCAGAAUGCAGAUAAAUUGUGUGCAUCUCAAUCAGUAAAAAUAAUAUUCGGUAAAAUGUCUAUAAAUCUGUGCAGACUAAGUUGUGAAAAACAAUGCAAUUUUAGUACUGCUGGAUUAGAUGCAGUAAAGGAAUCCCUAAGGAAGUUUACAAUAAUACAUUUAAUUAAAAUCUACUGGCAAUUAGAAUUUUAAGGAAUUCUUUUCUAAGAAGUUGGAGAACCUAAAAUAGCUUGCUUAUUCGCCUGGGUACUCUCAUGAAGCAACCAUGUACACCUAAUAAAGAAAUAGUAAAAGCACAUAUAAUGAAAAAUAAUUAAGAUUUCUUCCACCUGAUUUUUUCAUUAUCAGAGAUAAUUAUCAGAGAUAAUUUUUCAUUGUCAGAGAUCAUAGCUGAAUUAUCAUUUGACAAUACAUAAUAUAUAGUAUAGAUACAAUAUAUAACUAUACUUAAAGAAAUAUUUAUUGAGCAUCUUUUAUUUCACAAGGCACUUAGUGAGGGAAAGGAAUACAGAGAUGAAUAUGGCCUGAAGGAAUGAACUCAUAUCACAAUAAAUGAAAAAGAAAAAGAAAUAAUGAACCAAGGGAAUGAAGGCAACAGGAAAAAUAAUUCCUUGCUACAGAGGGGAAGUCAAUCAUUUUUAGGUAUACAUAAUAUUAUACAACUAUUUUUGUACACUAGUUCUCAAAACGUUUAUGAUACCUAGUAUAAUUUUUAUUGUUUGAUUUCCUAGUGCUUAAUUGUGUUUUACAGAAAUAUGUUACAUUUUGAAAUUAUAAUAAAAUAAUAGAGUUUAAACUCUAAUAAUUGGAAUAUAAAUUGGGAUGGAAUUUAUCCUUAAGAAAAGCUGUUUGAACAAUUUAGUAGUAUUAGUAAGUUGCAGGAAUACUUUAAUCUACUUUUGAAAAAGUAGUUCAAGUUUUCUAAAAUGGUUUCAGCAUACUAUCGGUAUCUCACAAUGUGUUAAUUUUAAGUUAAUUAUAUAUUCUUUAAAGCAGAUUAAAUAAUACUUGUCCUAAGCAUAAUUUAUUUGUUGAAAUUAGUAUAUGUGAACUUAUGAAAAAAUGUUCUUGUAAAUUAUUCUAGAAUCCCAAAUUUUAAUUAUAUAAGAACAACCUUUUGUUCAAUUGCUUUGAACUAAUGAUGAAGUUUUUUAAAAUAUUAAGUAUUUUAUUUAAUGUGAUAUAGAUCCAGGAAAAGUCUAACAAAAAUGUACUUCAGUAGUUUUAUUUUUAUUUUGUGAAAUUUUAUUUUAAAGUUUAGGUAAGGAAAGUUUUUAAACUGUCUUAAAUAUUUAAUAAAAGCAGUUGUUAAAAAUGUA